AUGGCGGCACCGCUGGUAUCAGCCUUCCAGCUCGCGCGCGAUGCUCGCCUGCCGGCACCCUCCACCAUCAAGGUCAAGAAUCUACACGCCACGAUCCAAGGUCCGCAGGACGCAUGGGGCCGACCCGACAGGCCGCAGCCCAUUGCCAUCUCGGCCGCCGUCUCGCUCGACGCGCCAUUCGGCGCGUCCUCCGCCACGGACACCGUCGCCACGGACACUGUCCACUACGGCCUCUUGAGCAAGGCAAUCCUGUCCAUCCUCGCCACAGCCGCGCCCAUCCGGAGCCUGCGCCACCUGCUGGACACGAUGUGGACGGAGAUGACGGGCUUUGACUCGCGCGGACGACGGGAUGUCCGCGCGGGCGCGGCGGAGGCGAGACAGCCGCCGUUUCUUCACUUUGCGCAGCUGCGGGCGCUGGAGAUCACGUUGCAUCUGCCGAAAGCGACGCUGCUUGGCGAUGGCGUCGGCCUGACGGUGGCGGGAGGCUUCGAGGCGGCGGCAGACGGUGAAGCGUCGGUGAAAUCAGUCAUGCGUCAGAGCGCAGUGUCGCUCAAGAUUCAUGGUCUGCGGGUCCCGACGCUCAUCGGCGUGAAUAGCAAUGAGAGGCUGGCUAAGCAGGUCGUGAUUGCGAGCGUGGAGAUUGACAGACUGGAGGAUGACCUAGACAUCUACUCCGAGCUGGAACAAGUCAUCGUUAAGGUCAUGUCGGACUCUUCGUAUGAGACUCUCGAAGCGCUCGGGAGGCAUCUCACAGCAGCCAUCUCGACGCACCUGCAUGCCCAGCACGCGCCGUCUCGCGAUGGCGCCGGAUGGGAUAUUCGCAUUUCGCUGGAGAAGCCCAUCGCGGUGCCUCUUGCAGACGCGGCUUGUGUGGAGAUGAGCACCAACACGAAGGACGUACCAACCUGA